GGGUGGAGUGUCUCAGACCUGUUAACAAAGUAUCAUCAUUUCAGAAAGUUCUUUUUGCUUUACAUCGAUAGAAAAUGGGUAGAUUUUCACCGUUUGAUAUUGUACCAGUUCAAUUGUGAAGUGUGUGCUACAGUGUUGUCAGUGGAUAAAUCAGUUUGCUUAUCAAGAACUUCGAGGAAUACGGCACCGGUCAAACAACAAUGUCUUCAGGUUGCAUCCAUUUCAUAUUCUCAAUCAUCGUGUUGAAGGAGACGGUUGGAUUCAGAAAAUCCCAUUCAAAAAGAGUUCCAUUCAUUAAUUCUGAAAUAGACUUGUUAAGUGCGAUUAAAAUUCCGUUCGAGGAUCCACGAUCGGUGUACUUCGACACAAGCCUCGGAUUUUCGCCGGCAUUUGGACUGAGAGCCGGCGCCGAUAUCAAGCUGCCUCUAAUUCUGCUAUUCCCAGACCGACUUUUCGCUGAGUUCGCGAUAACGGCACACGUAAAGCUGGAGAGCUCCGAAGGUGGCUUUCUCUUCUCUGUUGUCAACUCCCUAGAAAAUGUUAUCCAAUUGGGAGUGAGUCUGACAAGCGGUGACCAUAUGAGCACAAACGUCAACCUGAUCUAUACGGACGCCAGUAAACAUUAUUCCUCGCAAACGGUGGCAACAUUCCGCGUUCCCUUGAUUCUCGGAAAAUGGACUAAGCUAGCUCUGGAAGUGACAGUGCCGGAUGUAAAACUAUACUUCAACUGCGAAUAUUACGACUCGGCGAAAAUAGAUGGUGGUUUGGAGGAGCUGCUAUUCGAUUCGGCAUCGACACUCUACCUGGGCAAAGCUGGUUCGCUCAUCAAGGGAGCUUUCGAGGGAUCCAUUCAGGAGCUCAAGAUCUCAGCCGAUCGUAGAAACGCAGAAACGUAUUGUGAUCAUUCGCCCAAGAUUAAUGAAAAUGGUGCUUCCAAAGAACAACGGACUGAAAACUACAAUUAUGAAGAAAACGAAUUCAAUCAAGAUACAUAUCACAUCUCUCCUGUAGUAGACCACAAUGGAGACAGCUACCGCUCGGUGGGUCUGAAAGGUGAAAAAGGAGAGAGAGGACCACCUGGACCACCUGGAGAAGGAAUCGAAGGACCACCGGGUCCUCCAGGGCCUCCAGGUUUUCCAAUUUCCAGAGAUGAAAAUCAAAAUGGGGCAGUGAGAGGUCCACCUGGACCCCCGGGGUCCUGCUCAUGUAACCUCACGCAGAUGCUGCUCAACUUUGCCCUUCCUGACAUGAUUCCCGGACCUCCAGGUCUGCCAGGACUCGACGGCAAGGAUGGCCUACCUGGAGCACCAGGUCUUUCCGGCGCAGCUGGUGAUAUCGGCAUUCCCGGGCCUCCAGGUCCUAAGGGCAGUAAAGGUGACAGCGGCACCAGAGGCUUUGAAGGUCUUCAAGGACCAAAAGGGGAUCGUGGUAAAGAUGGGGUUGCUGGACCCCCUGGGCCUCCGGGUCCUCCUGGAUCCGUCAAUAUAGCUGAGCUUCAGGAUUUAUGGAAUUCGCGAUCAAUGUUUACCAGUUCAAAGGAAUCAGAUCCGACGAUAGAGAAAUUACUACAAACUGGACUACCUGGACCAAAAGGAGAAGCGGGUUCAGUUGGUAGCCAUGGGCCGAAAGGAGACCAUGGCUUCAUUGGACUGAAGGGAGAGCGAGGGGAGCCAGGCCAAAAGGGAGACAAGGGUAACCAAGGUCCUUCAGGUGAUUUUGGAUCUAAGGGCGAGCGGGGACCGGCAGGAGUUGAUGGAGUGCCAGGUUACCCUGGUGAGAACGGCUUACCAGGCCCCAAGGGACAAAAAGGUGAAACUGGAAUGACAGGUCCCCCUGGACCUCCUGGAAGCCCGGCAGGUCGUUCUAGUAGCUUUGAAUACAUUGAAAGCAUAACAGAUCAAACAAUAAUGUCGAUGAAAGGUGACCGCGGAGCAGGAGGAGAGAAGGGUGAGAAGGGAGAGAAGGGCGAUUCUGGAACUCCUGGAAUUCCUGGCUCUCCAGGAAGACAGGGUCUUACAGGACAGAAAGGUGAAACUGGGAGACCAGGCGACUCAGGACUGCCAGGAGAAGUGGGUCCUCAGGGCCUUCCAGGACUGAAAGGAGAGCCAGGACCUCCAGGACCUGUUUCAGGAGAUGCUCUUCGGGUGAAAGGAGAAAAAGGCGAUUCUGGAAGGCGAGGUCGGAGAGGCAAGCCGGGACUUCCUGGACCCCCAGGUAGACCUGGUCCAAUCGGCGAGCUUGGACUUCCAGGAGUUCCAGGUCGAGCUGUUUUCAACAAUAUUGGAGUGAAACCAAUUUUGAUAAAAGGUGAGAAGGGUGAGCCAGGAAGCUCCAUCACGAUAAAAGAGGAGAAUGGAAUCAAGUAUGUGUCGAUUCCUGGGCCUCCCGGACCACCUGGCCCCCCGGGACCUGUUGGACCACCGGGACGGUCAGCGACCUUGGAAAGGGGUAAUAAUGACGAUUUUAUCAAACAUUCAAAUCAAAUGCCUCAAACAGGAUUCUCAGACCACACGUCAUCUCGCACCGUGCUUCCUGAUAAAUUUGCUACAGAGAUUUUGGAACAGACGAAAAUUGUACCUGGAGCGGUAACUUUCCAAACUCUUCUGGCUUUAUCGAAGAUGACACUUGUGAGUCCAGUGGGAACUUUAGCAUACGUCAUCGAUGAAGAAGCUCUACUUUUGAGGGUGAAAAACGGAUGGCAGUAUAUUGCACUGGGAUCUUUGAUUCCAAUGCCUACAGAACCUUCCAUCACUCCGAGCACAGACGACAAUGGAGCUCCAUUAGAAGUAUCAAAUUUGAUCAAUAAUCAGCCCUUAACGUCAAAGGAUGGACCUGUGUGGAAUCCCAAGAUGUUGAGGAUGGCAGCUUUGAACGAGCCGUACAGCGGCGAUGUGAAGGGUCUGAGAGGAGCCGACUACGCGUGCUACAGGCAGGCGAGGCGAGCGGGUCUGCACGGUACAUUCCGCGCCUUCCUCUCGUCCAGAGUGCAGAAUUUGGACUCAAUCAUCAAGAACUCUGAUCAAGACUUGCCGGUUGUCAAUAUAAAGGGAGACGUGCUGUUCAACUCAUGGAAAGAUAUUUUCAAUGGCGACGGUGCAUUUUUCCAACAACAACCAAGACUUUACAGCUUUAAUGGGAAAAACGUACUAACCGAUUUCUCAUGGCCGCAGAAAUACAUCUGGCACGGCUCGUUUCCGUCGGGCGAGCGAGCGAUCGACCUGUACUGCGACGCCUGGGACUCGAACAGCAUGGACCGGUUCGGUCUGGCCUCCUCUCUGCUCAACAACCGGUUGCUCGAACAGGAGAAGUUCUCCUGCAACAACCGGUUCGCAGUGCUCUGCAUCGAAGUCACCGGACAUCUCCUCAGCAAGAAGCGACGACGACGCGAUUCACAGCUGAUGGGCGAGCAGGAGUACCUCACGUUUUUACAACAAUUACUCAACGAAACAGACUGAGCUCAAAUCUAGUGUAAUUGAAUCGAGUCAAUUUUACUGUAAGAUAGGUUGUGAUGAUUGGACUGAAUUGAGGCGAUCAACAAGCAUAAUUAUAUUGUGUUCAAGCAAUCGCCAAUAUGGACUUAUCAAAGAUCUGUAUUUGGGUCAAAUAAGUUGAUAUGAUUGGACUAUAUUGAGGUGUUGUGAGAUAAGUUAUGGUGAUUGGACUAAUUUCAUAUUGUGGCGUUUUAGUGAACCAAAACUUGAAUCGAAUCAAUUAUUUCGAGAGUCAUAAUAACUAAAAGAAUAGAAUUCUUGGUACCGUUUGUUGAGUGAACUAUCUGAGGUCUCUGUAAUCUAAUAAGCUACUCACAAUUAUUAUUACAAAUUACAGAUGUGGUAUGAUAAGGUGCGCACAGACUUAUGCGCCACGAAAACGAUAGCUAGUUUAUUAUAUCUGUUUUUGUACAGAAACAGUAAUAUACAGAUAGAAUAACAAUAGCAUGAUGAAAAGCGAAAUGUGCGUGUUCAUAAGUCUGUACGCAGCUUUAGAAGGUCCCUAGUUUUUCGGUGCGGGGGCGGGCGGAAGUUGGAAUUAGCCAAAUCAUAUGCGCAUGUCUGACUGUUGUAUUCCUGAUUAUAAAAUUACGGCGUGCUCAGACUGUUGAGAAGAAUAGCUGGCGAAACCUCAGCUGGUUAAUCGAAAGUUAUUGUUAUGCAUAGUAGCAUCUUCAUUCUGUAGAAAAGGUGAAGAGGUCCAGGAAUCAACAUUAUGUGACCGAGACUGAACGUACUUCAGCACUUACCGUAUGCGAGUAAAAUCUAUCGUAUGAAAUACUGUAAUAUUGCUCUGGAAAUUGAAACUGUUCUAAUUCAUCAGACAACUUUUGACUCCUAAAAAUUAAUGAUAAUGGACUUUUGACAAUGAUGCAUUUCAUAAGAACCGUGAAUGACUCUGAAUUUGAUGUAUGACAAUAUAAUAUAGAUAAUUGCGACAUUAGAAUGAUAUCAUGAGAGCUAUGAUCAAACUAGAUAUUUUCUAGAAUAAUUUGAGUAGCCUAAGUCAGUAUACUCAUGAGUAAAUUAUUUGAAUUCGGGAAUUUCUUAUUAGUUAUUCUUCAAUGAAAUGUUUGAUAAUAAUUACUAUGCGAAUUAGUGAAGAUACGGCACCGGAUAACGUUUCACCAAUAAUUAAGUGCUAAGUUCCUAUAUUUAAGUUCAAGCAGAUGUAAGUUGUGACCAAUAUGUGUUCAAUUUAUUAUGGCUCGACUUCCAGGCGUAUUAUUUAGGAAGAUAAAUCGAAUAAGGCAUUUAAUUGCAUCAAUCCGUCAGGGAAGAAACAUUAAUUCGCUCUAAUUACCAUUAUAGAAAUGAUCGAAUAAUAAAAUGAGGCAAAUAAUUUUAUUUCUAUAAUGCAUCCAAAAAUUUCAACUGAUUAUUAAUUGUUGUCCUCUCUGCUACUUAUUCUUCAAAUGCACAAAGAAAUUGGACUAAAUUGCCGACAUUUUCAGUAAAUGUCAAUCAUUUUGGGUCAAAGAAAAGUAUGAAAAGAGAAACCUCAGUCAAUAUGUCAAUUGGAAUAUUCACCAUUCCCAGAAGAAUUCAUUCAAAUUCUCCCUCUCAUUAUCAUGACAGUAACGCACCUUGCUAUAAUAUUAUUAGCAAUGGAUGCUGGUAAAAUGAUCAAUCUUCAUGAAAAAAACUCGUCUAAUGUACAUUCAACAGAACCUAAUCAAUUGGAACGACGAACGAGUUUCUUUUAAUGUAAAUAAUUAGUUUGAAUAGUUUCUAAUUGUAAGAUAAUGAUUUGUAAUUGAAUUAUAAAGAAUAUUGUAAUUUUUUUAAUAUAUCGACGGUACUUCCAUGUUAUAAUAAUAAUUGGCAAGUGAACAAUAAAUCAAAAAAAUCUUCAUUGUUA